AAAUAAUCCAGAGCACACUCAACGAAAGCACAAAGCCAAGAAAAAAGUUGAACAAAGUUUAAGUCUUGAAGGGUCUGAAGCUGGAAAUGGGUUUUGCUGAGUUCAUGGGGUUUGAAGGAGGAGGAGUUGGAUCCAGUGGAGCUCGUGAUAGCGUUCGAUGGGUUGGAACCAUCUUUGCCUUAAUUUCGCUAAUCUUGAACCGAACAGGGCGCAGAUCAGGCAUGCAAAGUAACCUUCUUGUAAUGUUUUUGUUUACAAGCUUCCCGACAGUGUUGUUUAAGAUUCUGAGGGGACAGUUCGGCUAUUGGGUUUCAUUUCUUGCUGUUUCUGCAAACCUCUUCUUUCCGCAAACUUUUCCAGUUUCUCGUUUUCUCCUAUUUGUGGUCACACCUACUUGGGUGGCUAAUGGACUGCGUGAUAGUAUCGUGGGUGGCAUCUUUUGUCUAAUUAUUGGAGUUCUAUCUGUCAUAACAGGGAUUCAAGAAAGUGGAGGUUUUAGUAAUUGUGAAUGCAAUUGUCAUUGCUUUGCAGUUUUCGUGAUUGUUUUUGUAAUUGUGCACGCAAUUUUCAUUGCUGUGCACGCUGUCUUAGACUCUUAGUAUAGGAUUUAUCUUCUUCUUUACAAUUUUGUAUCUGUGCUCAGAAACUUGGUAGAAAAUGGAGUUCAAAUUGAAACAGUCAGUACAUUGUAAAUCG